GAUGCGAAUUCCCACUUUGCUUCUUCUUUCGAUCUCUCACAUAUAUAGAUAUUCAUGCAUGUAGUACGUCCUGACCAACUCUUUUCUCAAAACAGAAUUACCUACUGUUUGGUGGGUUUCGAAUUAUGAAUUUAAAGCCCUUCCAUCUUCUGCUGCUCCACUUGCUGCUACAGCCACGCAGUCACGUCGUUGCGCAGGAAACCACUGAAUCACAGCAGAACCUCAACUCCACAGUGGCAAUUGUGAUUGUGCUGCUAGUGUGCGCCUUGUGUACCUCGGUUGGCUUGUUCUCCAUCUACAACCACCGUUGUGUGGAGGCGCACAUAGAUAUAGCCGGCGAAGGUAUCGAUUCCUCCCUCCGUCCACAGCAACAUCAUCGAGGUCUGGAGGCGGCUGUCAUCGAAAAGUUCCCUAUCUUGCACUACGCAACCGUCAAGCACCUCAAGAUCGGCAAGGGAGCAUUGGAAUGUGCAGUGUGCUUAAGCCAGUUCGAGGACUACGAAACCCUGCGUUUGCUGCCGAAAUGCUACCACGUCUUCCACCCCCAAUGCAUCGACCCUUGGUUGGCUUCUCACCUCACGUGCCCUGUUUGCCGCGCCAACCUCGCGCCCGAGUCCAACAAGGCAGCACCAGAAAAUGGUGCCUUUGUAAUUGCGGAUUUGGAUGAGAUAGUGAUCGAGUCGCAGUCGGCGGGUCAGUCACCUACUCCGCUUGGACAGAACACGGAGAGCUAUAGGUUGAGACUGCCGGAAGAGCUGGGGAGGCAGCUGCGUUCAAGUAGCUACGUCGAGGUAGUCUUUCCGAGGCUUGGGAGUUGCAGGAAGGGAUACAGGUACGGUAGUGAAGGGAGUAGUAGCCAAGAUGAGGAUGGUCAUCAAUUGGGCCAGUGGGAUUUAACCACCAUGUUACCGCCGGUUAUAGCUAGUAGUGGUGGUGCAGGUGAGAUGAAGACGCUGUUAGCGCCUGAUGAAUCCAUAUGUCGGCUUCCUGUUUGACUUGAAGAGGAAGGGGACCUGAACAUUGAGAAGCUCAGCAGUGACCAAGAAGUCCAAGAAAUCAAGGACCCUGACACGAAACUCAUUGUUAUCUUUCAUCGAUCCACAAGUAACUGGCGAGAGUGCGGAGGAUCUUCAUGUCCGCCGCCACCGGGUCCGGCGACGUGGAAGUGGUAGAGAGCCAUGAUCGGCCGUCCGGUGGUGAAGGAGCAGACGCGUUGAGAUGGACAGGGAGUCUUCCACGAUUUCCUUGGAAAUGAUUUCUCGUCCAAAUUGUACCAGUGGGAUUGAAAGCGCCAGAGAGAAGCUUGCGGCUUCUUCGAUAGUAACUUGGAGCCCAGUAACACCUCCAAGAUAGUAACCCGGAAGGCUGGAACGCAGCAUUUGAACUUCAAUAUCUAGUUUUCAUACAAAGUCUGCG